UCAGUCACGUGAGGCAAUACGGAAGUGGACCAUUUUCAGCCGAAAAACAAAACAUUCGUGGGUGGUGUUGAGUUAUUCAAUCCGGACUGACGUUACUCACCUCUGCUGGAGUGGUUUCGUAAACUGUACCGCAUAACUCGACAGUUAUACCCGGGGUUUGGCACGAUGCUGAACGCCGCCGCCGCGGAGAGGAACAAGGAGCCCAUCCUGGCUGUGCUCCGGCAGAGCGUGAACACCGGGAGACCCCUGCAGGCUCUGGAGAUCUCCUCCGGUACCGGGCAGCAUGUCACACACUUCGCUCAGGCUCUGCGGAAUAUCAUCUGGCAGCCCUCAGAGUAUGACCGCCAGUCUCUAGCCAGUAUCGAAGCGUACAGAGCCCACUACCAGCUGCACAAUGUAAGGCCUGCCAUCAACCUGGAUGUUUCUCUGCCCCAUCAGUACUGGGGAGGUAUCCAGCCAGAGAGCCUCGACCUGGUAGUCAACAUCAACAUGAUCCACAUUUCUCCGAUGGCUUGCACAGAGGGUUUAUUCAAAGGGGCUGGAGCAGUGCUGAAGCCGCAAGGUCUUCUACUGACAUACGGGCCCUAUGCAGUGAAUGGCCAGAUCACCCCUCAAAGUAACAUUGACUUUGACUACAGCCUACGGCAGAGGAACUCAGAGUGGGGACUCAGGGAUAUCUCCCUCCUCAGUUCUAUAGCACAAAGAAAUGGUUUAUUCCUGGAGAAAAUAAUGGACAUGCCUGCAAACAACAAGUGUCUUCUGUUCAGAAAGGAGAGUUUGGUGUGAAGUACCCUGUUGUUCCUUCUCUGGGUGCAGACCAGUAUUGGAGCAGGAUGGUCGAAACGCCUUAACUUACAUUUAAAGCUCAGAUACAUUGCCAAAUUUCCAGAAUUUUUAAUGAACUGUUUCCCCAUAUUCUGGUACACAUUGACAUAGAUACAAUUAUUUAUUCAGAACUGAAAUACUGAAUUAUGUUAUACACUAUAUUCUUCUGUAUUGCACACUUGAGUAAAAAGGCUCACAGAUUGA